CGCAGGCCGGCCUUCUCGAUCAUAAUGUGGUGUCGGAACAGCAUGCCCUGCGAGCGCUCGAUGCAGUGAUAUUCCGUAAAUACGAGGUGGGGGACGACUUAUCGCUCGUAGCCACCAACCCUGUGGACUGCAAGAACUUUAUAUGCUGGGUCGCGGUGCGUAGCGGCUCCAAG